UCGUUAUCAACUAGCAUGUCUCAGAGGAGUAAAACGUCUUCAAAAGAAAGCUCCUCUCGUCCUCCAUCCACAUCAGACAAUCAUCCUCCACGCUCUGCUCUUCGUAACUCCUCCAAAGACUCCAAGAACUCAGGUCACAGGGGCUCAUCUGGCAGCCAAGGACGCCGCGGCAGUAGAUCUUUCAGCCAGAACUCUGCUAUUGCAGCGGCUUAUACACAGUACCUCAAUGCUCUCUUUGGACAGGACAGAGAUUUACUGCCAGAGGAACUAGAUGAACUGCACGUAGCAUUUAAAGAGUUUGACUAUGACCAGGACGGGUAUUUGCACUACAAAGACGUCGCAGACUGCAUGAGAACCAUGGGAUACAUGCCAACAGAGAUGGAACUGAUUGAGAUCAUUCAGCAGAUAAAAAUGAAAUGGGGAGGCCAUGUGGACUUUGAUGAUUUCUGUGAAUUAAUGGGGCCCAGGAUGCUGGCUGAAACCGCUCAUAUGGUGGGUCUAAGGGAGCUGCACUGCGCUUUCAAACAGUUUGACUGUGACGGUGAUGGACGGAUCACCUUUGAGGAGCUGAAGGAGUCCACAAAGACGCUGCUCGGGGAGAAACUGAAGAAGGGAGAACUGGAAGAAAUUCUGACAGACAUCGACCUCAACGGAGACGGGAACGUGGACUUUGAUGAGUUUGUCAUGAUGCUGUCUCUCCGAUAA